UCAUUCGAAACACUCUUGAUUACGUAGAUAAUAAGUGAUAAAAUUAAUUUUAAAUAUCAUCAAUUGUUAAAUUCAUUUACAGUUAUUAUAUAACAAUAAAAACAAUAUUUUUUGCAAAUACGCCACAUUGUGUAUUAAAAUUGACAAAGCUUAACAAUUAAUCUUUCAACUUCAAGAAUUAAAGUAAGCUUUAACGUGGACAAUAAAUAAUAAAGAAAAAGGGAAAGGGAAGGGGGUAAUUAUAUAUGCCGCACCUUCAAUCUUUAAUUUAAAAAUUAUAAAAUGUCAUCAGUUUCAGCAAAAGUAUCUGACCAACUUACAAACACUACUAUACAAGAGACGAAUAUUUGGAAAAAUGUAUUGGGUUCUCCAGAAUAUAUAGUUGCACCGAUGGUUGAUGCAAGCGAAUUAGCUUGGAGAUUGUUGAGUCGUCGUCAUGGUGCACAUCUUUGUUACACACCAAUGCUUCAUUCUUCGGUUUUUUGUCGAGAUCCGAAAUAUCGACGAGAAGCUCUUGCUAGUACUGCUGAAGAUCGGCCAUUGGUCGUCCAGGUAUAGAUACUUCUGUGGUAACGAUCCUAGUACAUUAUUAGAGGCAGCACUUUUAGCAGAACCAUAUUGUGAUGCAGUCGAUAUAAAUAUUGGUUGUCCUCAAGCAAUUGCUAAACGAGGUCAUUAUGGUGCUUUCCUUCAAGAUGAUUGGAAUUUACUUCAACAAAUCGUUAGUACUUUGAGUAAAAAACUUCAUGUACCAGUAACUUGCAAGCUUCGAGUAUUUGCAGAAAUUGAUAAAACUGUGAAAUAUGCACAAAUGCUUGAAGCUGCUGGUGCACAAUUACUUACUGUGCAUGGACGAACUCGAGAACAGAAAGGUCCAUUGACUGGUGUUGCAUCUUGGGAUCACAUUAAAGCUGUAAGACAAGCUGUCACAAUUCCAGUAUUUGCGAAUGGUAAUAUACAAUGUCUACAAGAUAUUCAAAAAUGUAUAGAAGAAACUGGUGUUAAUGGUGUAAUGUCAGCAGAAGGCAAUCUUUAUAAUCCAUAUAUAUUUGAAGCUUGUUAUCCACCUAGUUGGGAGCCAGCACUUGAAUAUUUAGAUUUGGUAGAAUGUUAUCCAGCCCCUGCUUCUUAUAUCCGUGGUCAUCUUUUUAAAUUAUUUCAACACACACUUUGUUUAGCAGAAAAUAAAGAAGAAAGAGAAAAUUUGGCUCGAAACUCUACUAUGGAAUCUUUCCGAAAUGUCGUUUACACUUUGAGAGAUCGAUAUCUACCUUAUCACGAAGGACGUUUAAUAUGGCAUGAAGAAACAUCUGAUUAUAAUUUAAAAUUACCUCCAUGGUUGUGCCAACCAUAUGUACGUCAUCUUCCAGAAGAGAAUAUACAAAAACUAGAAAUCGAAAAAAUCGAAAAGCAGAAUGAAUCAACUAAAAGAAAAUUCAGAGACGAAGAAGGAAAUGAAAUAUCACGAAAACAUUUGAAAAAACUUAAACGUAUAGCGCGCCGACCAAACAAAUCAACUGUUGUAAUAAAAAGAGGAUCCAAUUUAUGUCGCGAUUGCCCAAAUCCAGUGAGUCUCAAAUGCGUUCAUAAAUCAUGUCGGCAGUGCUGUAGAAACAAAUGUUUUACAGAAAAUUUGGAUUGUACUGGACACAGAAAUUUAACUAAAACUAGAAGACAAAUGGCAAUAGAAUUUGCUGCAAAACGAAGAACUAUCGAAAAUACGAUAUGACAUUGUAUGAUAUUUUAGAUUAUAUAAAUAAAAAUUAAAUAAAUAUAUGGACACAUAUUAUAAAAUAGA